AUGUCAACCGAGCCAGCGUCUUCUGUAGCAGCACCAGCACCUUACUAUAUCUCCAAAUCGAAUGUUUGCGUAAACAGCAAAGGUGAAAGCAUCGGUAAUGGUGUUUUCGCCAACCAAAGAUUCGGGGCCGGCGAAGAGAUUGCCAACUUCAAGCGCCCGCUUGUUGGCUCACUAGAGACCGAACGGCUACUCGACACCUGUGCGAAUUGUUACCUCUGGACUGAAGGUUCAUCGACUGGAACGAGGCUGUAUGUACCUGAAGGGGCGAAAGUGAACAAAUGUGCUGCAUGCCAGAGAUUUCAAUACUGCAGCAAGGCGUGCCAAAAAGACGCGUGGAAUCGGGGUCAUAAGCAUGAGUGCAAAACGCUGAAGCCCAUGGUGGGUAGACAUCUCCCCAAAGCUUUCCUAGCGUGCGUGGAACUACUCAUCAGACGCAAGCACAAUCUCAUCUCCGAUGAAGAAUGGGAGCUGCUUUGCCGCUUACCUUCCCACAUCGAUGAUUUCAAGCGCAGUGGAACCUAUGAGAACAUCGAACUUAUGGCAAUGGGUGCUGGUCAGUUCUCAUUGUCACAAGACAUGUUCGACAAGGAUUUUAUUGCCGCGAUGUAUGGCCGAAUCAUGUCGAAUGCCCUUACAUUGAUCACACCGACACUCGAUCCUCUGGGUAUUAUGAUAGAUCCUAUGCUCUGCCACAUGAAUCAUUCCUGCGAUCCCAAUGCAUACAUCAUGAUGGACGGACCGCAGGUGAGCAUUCGUACCCUACGGCCUAUCAGGAAAGACAAAGAAAUCUUCAUCUCUUACAUUGACGCUACCAACCCCUACCACAAGCGGCAAGAAGAACUUCGAUCACGAUGGUUCUUCACCUGUCGCUGUGCAAAAUGCCAGAAGAAAGCUACCCUCCAAGAAGACAACUGGUUAGUACCAGCAAAUCCUCGGUUCGUGUUGGGCAAAGACGAAAUGGAAGCAAUGGCCGGGAGCCAGGAGAAGGCUUUCGAACUGUAUACCCAGCUCCAAGGAAUGGCUGACUCAAAGCUUGUUAUCGAAGCGCUUCAGGAAACUCUCAAGAUAGGCUAUGAGUCGAGAUUCUGCCCAGUUUACCGUCAACCGUAUGCCGCGGUCCGUGACGAUCUGAUUGUACACCUGCUCUCCGUAGGGAAGUACCAAGAGGCAUGGACACAAUGCGCAAAGCGGUACAAGCACAUCCUUCCUAAGUUGCAUCCGGUCCCUUUUCACCCGGUUCGGGUAGUCCAGAUAUGGCAGAUGGCAAUGCUGGCUGCAUAUCUAGCUAGCACCGAAGAGGGCGUGAGUGCGCCAGGGGUGAACAUGGGCCUCAUCGCCAUGAUGCUGGUGAAGCAGGUACUGGAUGUUGCGCACCUGAGCCAUGGACCGACUAAUGCAUUCACAAAGAGCGUGAAGGCCAAAGCAGAAGAAAUGAUAGAGGAGCUGAAAAGAAGUAUUGGCAAUCCGAACAGCGAUGUCAUGAACCGAGAACUUGAGGUCCAGAGAGACAGGCUGAUGGAUAUGGGCGACUGGGCUAAUGACGGGCAGUUUCUGGGAAAGGUAGCACCGCAAGAAACUAUACAAUUAAAGGAGAAAGCUUUCAGCGUCUGA